AUGGACGUCUUGCCGUCUUCGCAUUCUUCGAGCUCGGUCUUGGAGCUGGACGACAGCUUCGGUGGUCAUAGCGUGCCUAUGGCGGACGCGUGCUCAUCCGUCAUUGCAUCGACCUCAUUGUCGUCAACGGGGCCCUUAGGACGCGCAGAGCUCAAUCCUGCCGGUCUCGAGCUGGACGAUGAUCUACACGAUAUCUUCGGUGCAGAUCAAUCUUUCGUUUCGAAGGCGUCCGAUCAGCCGUGCAAAAAAACCGCGAUACAGUGCACCACUCCGGCGCUCCGCCCAUGCCCACCGAGCGAGAGCUUUCGACGAGAGAUCAGGGGAACCUCCUUCACCGGCAAAGCAGUCACAUUUGGCAGAAGGUUGCGCAAGCGGUCCACUCAAAGUCGUCGUGCACUAGACGAGGCCGCAACGUCUGCGCAAGCCUCGGAUGAGCUGGGCGAACUUGCUUCCUCCUUUCUGGAAAUGCCUAUACAUCAGCUCAUGGCGGAUGUGCGAGAUCAACUCAAGCAGGAAAGGGCAUCCAAGGCCCAGGCAGCUCAAGAUCCUCAGCGUAUCAUCUCGGGGCCGCUCGAGACAGACCAAGAUCGGAUCAGAAAUUCGAGACUGUGGACGGACGUCUACCGACCGAAACGCUUCACGGACUUGAUGGGAGAUGAAAGGACACAUCGAAAUGCAAUGACAUGGCUGAAAGAGUGGGACAAUUGUGUCUUCAAGACCGGCAACAAGAAGCCUAAGCGAGGCGACACGGCUUCUCGAGGUCCAGGUCAUGACAAAGAAAAUGCCCCGAUCGAUCCAUAUGGACGCCCUCAAGAGAAGAUUUUGCUCUUAUCCGGCCCGCCAGGUCUAGGCAAGACCACCCUGGCGCAUGUGCUUGCUACUCAAGCUGGCUAUCGAGUGCACGAGAUCAACGCGAGCGAUGAUCGAACGGGUCGUAUCGUCACCGAUCGCAUACGCGAUGCGAUUGAGUGUCGUGCAAUUUCAGUACAGGGCGGUCUGUCUAGCGAUCGUCCGACUUGUGUCAUCAUCGACGAGAUCGACGGCGCUGGCGGAAGCGGCGAGAAUGCUUUUGUCAAACAGUUGGUAAAGUUUGUUCAAGACGGUUCGAUGGUCAAGCACAAUAAAGGCAAAGGUAAGAAGACAGGUCGACCCCUGCUGCGGCCGAUCAUCUGUAUCUGCAAUGACCUUUACGCGAAUGUGCUGCGACCGCUGCGACCUUUUGCUCGCAUUAUCCGUUUUGGGGUUGCCACGGCGCCCACACUGCUACGACGUCUUCGCACAGUAUGCGACCAAGAAGGUCUCGUUGCAGACGCCAAGCAUCUCACAAAGCUUGUCGAGGUUGCCGGUGGCGACAUGCGGAACUGUCUGAAUACUUUGCAAUUCAUAAAGUCGAAAGGCACUCGUCUGGACGAACAGGCAAUCCGAUCGAGUUCUAUCGGACUCAAAGAUACUGGCACGUCACCCGGAGCAGUCUGGGAUCAUCUGUUCCGUAUUCCCACCGAUCGCAAGGGCGCACCCCGUGCGGGCAGGGAUGGAUCGAUAUUUGAAUGGCUUCUGCGCGAUGUUUCGACUUGUGGAGAAUACGACAAAAUCGCUCAGGGUUGCUUCGAAUGGUAUCCUGAAGCAAAGCUGACAACGGAUGUCUGGUUGUCAAUCCUUCGAGCGCAUCAGUGGCUCGGACUUUAUGAUCUAUUAGACACAAAGAUAAAGACACACCAAGACUACGAACUGCUGGCUUAUGUCCCGUAUACCCUCAUUGCGUGGAAUCCGCUCUUUGCGAGUAUCACCAAUCGGCCCAUCGAGCGAGCAAAGGCAGACUACGAAGCCUUUGUCAGGCAGUCUGCGCAUCGCGAAGUUCUUGACUCAUUCUGCAAACCGCUAAAGCCAACGAUCAAGUCGACCUUCUUGGGCAAUAGCGUCGUGGUUGAGCUUGCAGCCUAUCUCACCAGAAUCAUCUCGCCAGACUUGAAACCGAUCAAUAGUCAGAUCGUCAAAGCAGAUGAGAAACAAGCCCUCAAGAAGCUGGUAGCCAUCAUGCUCGACCUUGGUCUGUCGUAUCUACCGGAGCGGACGGAAGACGGACAGCUGUCAUACAAGCUCGAUCCUGCAGUGGACGUAUGGGUGCAUUGGGAAGGCAAGCGCGCGCCUGACAUUCCCGCCGCUCGCUACUCAACUCGACACGCCAUUGCAUGCCAAAUUGAUGCUGAGCGGAUAACGCGAGCACAAGGUACCGGCGAUGGAUCUCAGGCGACAAGCACGGCAAGCACACUCAUGAGUGCGUACGGUGCAAUGUCAACGUCAACGACGGCAGGUGCGAUCAAAUCAGACUCUACCAUGGACUUUUUUGGCCGAUCGCUGCCAUCUCUAGCUCUCAAUCACAAACAGAGCGAAGUUGAGGAUGACAGCUCGGAGCCGGCCUCAAAACGCCUCAAAGUCGUCUACAAAUUCCACGAAGGCUUCUCUAAUGCAGUCAGGGUGCCCAUAACGAUCUCAAAUCUGUUCAAGCGUGCCAACUGA